ACCCGGUCGGAAUCGGGCCCUGCCUCAAACGGGUCCAACGCCUCCCAAAAUGCGAAAAAAUAAACCCUAGAUUUUCAAGAUCUCCUUUCUCUUCUCUCUGCUUCGUUUACAAAUCAAGAUCUACCAGAAAUUCACAGGUUUGGGGCCUCUUGAUCUAUGAAAGGAAAUGCACAUCUUAUUUCUUUGAUGCGAAUAGUGGAAGUCUCAAUUGCUCAUCGAUAGAACUUUUGUGAAAUUUCCAUUCUUUAUAGUGCUAUUAUAGUAAAUUUUUUUUGUAAUUUACAUUCUAAUUUACACUUCUUUUUUUUCUAUUUGCUUUUUUUUUUUCCUUUUUCUUUUGUGAUCCCUUUCAGACAGGAGCAUAAGCUUUGCAUAGGUUUGGAUGAUGGCCUCCGAGAGGGAUGUAUUUGGCUUGUCAGGUCCCGGGCAUCUGACCCUUACUGAUUGGAAAAACCCAGAUCACCGGCGAUCAGUUGCUGCCAGCUUGGUUCAGGGUGUGUAUGUUAUGGAACGUGAUCGCCAACAAAAUCGCCAGGGACCUGAAGCUCUGGCACCCACAUGGUGGGAAUUCUUCCACUAUCACAUCAUACGUAAGCUCGUUGAUGAUGCCGAUUUCUCCAUCUUUGGUGCCAUAUAUGAAUUCAAGUUCCCAACUGCCAAUCAAAGCCACUCAGCAGCGCCUGAAGCUCCAAAGUACAUCAUCGCAUUCCGUGGCACCAUCACCAAACCUGAUUCCAUCUUACAGGAUCUCAAAUCGGACCUCGAUUUCAUACGGAAUUGCCUUCAUCGGAACUCCCGUUUUGAAUUAGCAAUGCAAGCGGUCCAAGAUAUUGUUUCCGAUGUUGGACCUUUGAAUGUCUGGUUAUGUGGCCAUUCUCUUGGGUCCGCCAUGGCAAUGCUUGCUGGGAAGAACAUGGCGAAAACAAAUAUUUUCCUUGAAUCUUUUCUCUUCAACCCCCCAUUUGUUUCGGCCCCAAUUGAAAGAAUCAAAGAUAAGAAGCUGAAACAAGGAAUCCGUCUUGCGGGCAGCGUGAUCACAGCUUUGGGUGCCAUCGCUGUGAAAAGUCAUCAAGGCAGGUCAAUAUCUGAGGAUUCCUUUGCCAUGUGGUCUGCGUGGGUUCCAUGCCUGUUUGUGAAUCCAGAGGACCACUUCUGCUCAAAGUACAUAAGAAAUUUUGAGCACCGAGAAAAGAUGGAGAAGAUCGGAGCAGGGGGUAUUGGGCGACUGGCGACACAGAACUCCAAGAGGGAUCUGUUGCUGACUGCAUUCGGGAAAGAAUCCGAUCCGUUGCACCUCCUCCCUUCCGCAAAUCUGAUCAUUAAUAAGAGCCCUUCGGCAGAUUUUAGAACAGCUCACGGAAUUCAGCAGUGGUGGCGGCCAGAUUUGCAGCUAAAGUACAAAACGUACCUUUACGAGUGACAGAUUUACCUCGGUCUCUUGAUUGUUUGUGUGUGUAAGGAGGUGGUGGGCCUCUUAUUUCCUAAGGUUAGUAAUGCAGAUGGUUUGAAUAGAGAUCA